CCGAGCGGCAGGCCUCAUCCGCGCCGCCGGCUGGUCCAUGCGGGUUCAACGUCGUCGCGCGGGAGGACGACGACGGCGACGACGAAGGGCGACAACGCAGCCCGACGACGAUCAGAGGUGUACUACGAUGACGAUCGUCCGGCAGUCUUGCUAGUUAAUCGAGAAAAAAACGCGACUCGGAUCAACCUGAUUGAAAGCUGCCGACGCGCGCGUCUCGGCCGAAGGAUGCUGCGCCUGAGACAGGGCACUCGCGGAUCGCGCGUCGCGACGCUCGUCCAGGCGAAAGCUCCACGUGAGCGCGGCUGUCAUCGGGGACGCGUGCAGGUGCACCUCGGCCGCGUGAGAACUGCCACGGGACAUCAUCUGUGAGCAUUUAAAUCUUGAUUACCGUGGAUUACCGUCGAGGAUUUACGAUCGAUACGCGCAUAGCAUCUGACAAUACUGCUGAUAUAUCCUACCAUCCGCGUCUCCUACGCUUGGGAAGCUUUCGCGCAUUCAGAGUUGAUAGUUCUAAUAAAAUCGUGUCAUAGCAGUGGUGAAUGAUUAAUCUCUCCUCGCCAGGUGUUAAUCGUGGUGUAAUUUCUCUAUCGGAACACAAAUGUUCAUGUAAGAAUUAAAAAUUGCUUAUAGUGAAGUACGGAACAUGUGUAUGGUUUUGCGGUGAAAGUCUCAAGUGUCUAUGCUCCUUUCGAGAAGGCACUAUCGAUUUGAUAAGAAAACUCAAUUCUGUUUUCAUUGUGGAUGAUAUGACACAGUGAAGACACUGCACAGUGUGCGGAUCCGGGGAUAUAUGUAAAAAUCGAUGAUUACACGUCGUGCUUCACGAUAGCGAGUACAAGCAAGGAUCAGUAGUGCAGCGAGCGAUCGAGGUGUUAAAAAUGCUGUGUCGCUGGCUCGCCGUGUUGGUACUCGCUGGUAUUCUCCUGGUUAUCGAGGCGAUCGCGGUCAGCCAAGGUACGUUCACUCGCGAUCAGAGAGUUUUGAGCGGUAGUCCUGUUCAGGGGAGUCGCAACGUCAGCGGCGUGCCGGCUUUCGAAACAAAUGUGCCACGGAAUGUCACUACCGCAGUCAGUCAGACCGCCUUUCUUCACUGCAGAGUUCAUCAGCUGGGCGACAAGGAGGAGAAAUGCGAAACGGAAAAGGGUGCUGCAGAAACCUCGACAAAGGAGGAAAUAAUACGUUCCACCUCCGGCGAAGUCGAUAAGCAUCAUUCGUGCCGGUGGAUGGGAGUAAUUGGAUUGUCUCCCUUCAUACAUUUCACUUUUAUUGCCGUUGAGUACAGCCAGUGGUACGGCCAGGUUCAGCCUGACACUCGCGAUUAG